AUGGAAACAAUAGCGGAGCAGAGCGGCAUUUUUCCAAAACUGAACGUUGAAGAAGAACCAGAACUGAGUGCCACAGAAGUUGAAUCCAUGUGUAUGAGCUGCCAAGAAAAUGGUAUCACUCGAUUGUUGCUUACUCAAAUACCGUUCUACAAAGAGGUAGUUAUUAUGUCGUUUUCCUGUGAACAUUGUGGCUACGAGAACAAUGAAAUUCAGCCGGGUGGUGAGAUAGCACCGAAGGGUGUCGAAAUUCGUACUUCGAUUGUGACGGCUCGUGAUCUGAAUAGGCGCGUAGUGAAGUCAGAUUUCUCCAGCAUUCGUAUAGAAGAGCUUGAUUUCGAAAUCCCGGCCCAAUCGCAGAAGGGUGAGGUGACCACAGUGGAAGGUAUCAUCGAUCGCGUCAUACGUGGCUUGGAUCAGGAUCAACCCGUUCGUCGGAUACAGCAUCCGGAAGCGGCGGAGCAGAUCGAUACCUUUAUAACAAAUUUGCAGACAUUAAAAGAAUUGGAACGAUCCUUCACACUGACGAUAACGGACAUUUCGGGAAAUAGUUUUGUCGAGAAUCUAAACGCACCGCACAAGGAUCCAGCUACUACGAUAUCGCACUUUCAGCGAACGAAGGAGCAAAAUCAUUUACUGGGUAUUUUUACGCACGAUGAAGUUUCAGAGGAACCAAAAAAUGCGGUAGAAGAGACUAUUAAGCUUGAAACUGUACCAGAAGAGGUGGACAGUCUACUAAAACCGAUUCGCGAAGGUGCCUGGCCGCUGGAAGAGCUUCAGGGAGAGGUGUUGCAGUUCCAGACCAACUGUCCAGAAUGUACUGCUGCGUGUGACACCAACAUGAAAGUUACCACAAUUCCACAUUUUAAGGAAGUAGUGAUUAUGGCUACGGUUUGCGAUAAUUGUGGUCUGCGUACGAACGAAGUCAAACCGGGUGGUGGCAUCGAGGAGCAGGGAGUAAAAAUAGAAGUAACCGUACGGGGUAGGAUCGAUUUUGCGCGGGACGUAUUGAAAUCGGAAUCCUGCAGUUUGCAUAUUCGUGAGCUGGAAUGCGAGGUCGGGGCCGGUGCCCUUGGGGGUAGGUUUACCACGAUCGAAGGCUUGCUGACAGCCAUGCGUGAGCAGUUGGUAGAAAGUACGGGCAUGUUUAUGGAUUCCAAUGAUGUGGAAACAAAGGAUCGAAUGGACAAAUUUUUCGGUCAACUAGACGCUGCAAUCGCAGGCAGUAAACAGCUAACGAUAGUGAUGGAUGAUCCAACGGGUAACAGCUAUGUACAGUCGCUGAAUGAUGACGGUACACCCGAUACGGCUUUGAGGAUAAUUCGUUACCAUCGAUCGUACGAACAGAACGAGGAAUUGGGUUUGAACGACAUGAAAACGGAAAACUAUUCCGAAGAGUCGAAUGAUAAUGCGGAAAAGGGUGAUUGUUGA